AAUGGUGGAGCACCGUCCCGGCCCUCAACCUCCGGCCUCUCUCUCCUCCAUUCUCUCUCCACCUCUGCAUGCCAACCCAGCAACGCGCGCGGACCACCAACAACUAUUGACCAUUACGACGCGCCCCGCCCCGAUCGCCAUUCUCUUGCCGCGAUUCGGCUCUUUCCCCCAAGAAAUGGACAGCCGGAAUCAGGCGCCGCAGAAGUCCAGCAGCUUCUCCUCGGCCUCCAGCAACAAGGCCCGGGAGGUCGACCGCAACCUCUCCCUCGGCAGCCUCCGGCAUGGCGACCACGACCGGAUGGGCUCCGCCGGCGCCACCUGGGAGCAGAUCAAGGAGGAGUGCGAGGACGACGAGGAGGACGGCUGCGGCGACCCGGGCGUGUCCGAGUUGUCGGGGGAGAUCGACGCGUUUAUCGCGGGCCUGAACGGCCAAGCACCGCUGAGCCUCCCGGAGGCGACGCUCGAGAAGUUCGCCGCCGCCGUCGAGCUGCAGAUCGCGCACACGGAGAACUCGCGGGAUAAGUGGGCCAAUGGCGAGCCGCCGGUGCUUGCGGCUAUCGCGCGCAUUUCGGCCCUCGCGUCCGCGCUCGCCAAGAACCCGGAGGCCAGCAGCAAGUACGCCUCCGGCGCGCACCGGGUCACCGCCGUGCUGCAGCGUGCCAUGGCGUUCCUCGAGGACGAGUUCCACGCGCUGCUCGAGCCCAAGUCGGACACCUGCAAGUUGAUAAGACGGCCGCCUUCGUUCGAGCAAGGCGGACACGAGGCCGACCGGUGCGUCCUGCGGCCACCCGACACCGCCCCUGCAGCGGGGGAGCCCAAACCGCCGUACACGCCGGAGACCGUGGAGCGGCUCCGGUCCAUCGCCGACGUCAUGGUGGACGCCGGGUACGUGACGGAGUGCACGCAGAUGUUGCUGGUGGCACGCCGGAACGCGUUCGACGCGUCGGUGCGCGCGCUCGGGUACGAGAAGUCGAGCAUCGACGUCGUCGUGCGGAUGACGUGGGAGGCGCUGGAGACCGAGAUUGUGACGUGGAUCAAGGCGUUCAGGCACACCAUCAACGUGGGCCUCUCCACGGAGCACGACCUCUGCGGCCGCGUCUUCAGCAGCAGCCACGCCAGCGUCGGCAGAGGCGUCUUCGCCGACCUGGCCCGCUGCAUCAUGCUCCACAUGCUCAACUUCACGGAGGCCGUGGCCAUGACACGCCACUCCGCCGAGAAGCUCUUCAAGGUGCUCGACAUGUACGAGGCCGUCCGCGACUCAUCCCCGGUCAUCGACGCCUUCCUGUCCGCCUCCGCCGAUGACGGAUCCGCGAACGGCAACGCCCUGGCGGACCUCAAGACCGAGAUCGCGGCCGCACGUUCCCGGAUCGGCGAGUCGGCGGCCAGCAUCUUCUGCGAGCUGGAGAGCUCCAUCCGCGCGGACGCCGGCAAGCAGCCGGUCCCCGGCGGCGCCGUGCACCCGCUGACCCGCUACGUGAUGAACUACCUCAAGUACACGUGCGAGUACAACAGCACGCUGGAGCAGGUGUUCCGGGAGCACCGGCGGAACGACGCCGUGGACGGGGAGGAGAACAACCCGUUCGCGGCGCAGCUGAUGGAGGUGAUGGAGCUCCUCCAGGGGAACCUGGAAGGGAAGUCGCGGCUGUACAAGGACCCGGCCCUGAGCAGCAUCUUCCUGAUGAACAACGGGCGGUACAUGCUGCAGAAGAUCCGGGGGUCGCCGGAGACGAACGCGAUGCUGGGCGAGACGUGGGCGCGGAAGCAGUCCACGAAUCUGCGGCAGUACCACAAGAACUACCAGCGGGAGACGUGGAACCGGGUGCUCACCCUGCUCCGCGAUGACGGCGUGCUCACCGUGAAGGGCCAUGUGCAGAAGACGCUGCUCAAGGAACGGUUCAAGCAGUUCAACUCCGCCAUGGACGAUAUCCAGAAGACGCAGGGGGCGUGGGUGGUGAGCGACGAGCAGCUGCAGUCGGAGCUCCGGGUUUCCAUCGCCGCCGUGGUGGUGCCGGCGUACCGGUCGUUCCUGGGGCGGUUCGCGCAGACAUUCAGCGCCGGGAGGCAGGCGGAGAAGUACGUGAAGCUGAGCGCGGAGGACCUGGAGGGGAUCAUCGACGAGCUCUUCGACGGUAACCCCUCGUCCAUGAGUAGGAGGAGGACAUGAUAAAUACGUAAUAAACCCCAGCAGGAGCAAUUCAUCGAUCGAUUGUGUUUAAAAGGGAAUCGGAGGAGCAUUUGACCGAUCGGGCUAAUUCUCUGUUUAAGAAAUGUAUUAUUAAUUAAUCGUUUAUCGUUUUGUCUUGUUUUUUGCUGAUUAUAUUAAAGAAAAGAAUUUACCCUAAA